CAUAGACCCUGGCAUCGGGCUCUUGUAGUACUGACAAAUAUGUCGGCUUCUGUUAAUCUCUAGGGCCAGCAACGAAAUGGAUUUGUGAGGGGAGCGCAUAAUUCUCCACAGAGGAUAGUCACUCGGUUUCCGUUCCCCUGAGCGGCCUGCAAGACAUUUUGGAAGAAGUUGCAAGCCAAGCAGCUCCCCGACAGUCAGCGAGCCGCCCGUGGUGGAACAGCGUCAGACGCGUCGGUGCCUUGCUAGCUUGGCCAACCGCCUAUGUGUAAAUUAGCCCCGGCGCUGGGGCAAAGCUAACCGCCGAGCGCUGGAGCCCGUGCAGACCGCUGGCACGCCGCGCGACGAGUCUCCCGUGGAGCCCGACGGCCGAGCCGGGUGGUUGUGCGGAGAGGAAACGGGGGCGGCGGAGCCCAUGCACCGAGUCCGGACCCCGGGCGACUGGUGAAAUCGCCUUCCGCAGGUAAGCUGGGUCGUUAGCCCGCUGCUAGCCGGGGGCUAACGGACGGAGACCCGACUAGCUUAAGGCUAGCUAAUGCCAAUGCUACCUUCUGCAGUGGCACUGCCCACCGGUCAUACCGCCCAGCGCCGUCGCCCGCGCCGUGGACUGUGUUGCAGAGGUGUCGUGGUUCUAUUCGUACCGACGGUGAGUCCGCCAUAUGAACGACGAAGCCAGGCUCGCGUCGCUAGCCGUGCGCGCCCUGCCCCUGCACCGUCGGCCACCUCCACCCGGCGCUCUCUAUCGUUCCGUCGUCGUGGACUGGCGUCAAAUUCGGAACCAGGCGAGCUCGUGUGAACGUUGUGCCGCAAUUCAAACCGUCGGCGUGGGCUCGCUCCGUAACGCCCGUCCCCGCCCCGGCCCCGGCCCCGGCUUCGACACGACCCGCUGGCCACCGCGUCGCCUGGGAACAUCGCCCUGCCGCCGGACUGAUGCGGUGAUCGAACCCAGACGCCGCUGCACUGUCGAGUUCGUACGCGCAAGAGGGGAUCGGGACGAGGCGGUUCGAGGAGUGUGUUCAUCGCGGCCACAACGGGGAGUAUGUGAGAUUUGAGCCUCUGUCCCUAACGGACGGAGUGGUCCAUCGGGUCCAUCGAGUCCACUGAGUGCAGCAGGUCUUGCGUGCCACCUGGCUCAGCUGUUACCUGCCCCGCAUCCUCCUCUUACAUCUGAGACGUUCUGUGCAGCAUCCUGAUCAGUUUUUUGUGAUCCAGAAUGACCGGUUGAUACCGCCACCUCUUUGUGUCAUCCAUAUCCAUAAAGUGAUCAACGUCAACAUCAGCCAAGGAGGCUUCUGUUCAGCAUUUGAUGGAGAAAAGGUGCUUGCAUUCUGUUUUCAAGGUUGGAGAAGGACACCUCAUACCUGAAAACCGUAAGAUGCAUCUGGUUGGAAGAGUCACUUCAACACACGAAAGCCACAGUUUUUGACAUUUUUGAUGAGGCCACUUUUGGACCAUUGGAGAGCGUUAUCCAAGCCUCAGUGCCUUCCGCUGGGGAAGGACGUCAAGGGGAAGGCCCUGCAUGUUCCUGGAGACGAGGGCAAAAAAAGAAAACAGCUUGGUGUUGGGAGGCCGACGGUUACAUAACUAACACGCGUGGUUGUACACCAAUGGAGUGGAACAAGGAAACCAAAGGAGGGGACUGAGUUGUUGGCUGAUAUGAAACAAGAUCAUUAUCUGUUCUAUGCAUAACACCUGAGAUCUACACUGUUAUAUUAGGUCUUUCUGAACAAUUCAUUUAUAUGGAUACUGAUGGAUGUUCUACUGGAUUGUUCUCCAGAUGUUUUAGAAAGAACCACACCAUCAGUUCCUGCUUCCACAUAUCCGGUGCAGUUGGCAGGUGAGGUGGUUUGAAUCAGCCACCGGCAGGGUUCAGGGAUGCCCCGACACAGGAAAACCAGGCUACUCCACUGGCCCGCUUACAGACUGCUGUUUCUAGUACGAGUUCUGGACUGAAAGCGAACUGUCUCCUUCUAUAACAGGAAGUGAGGUGGUUUCCUUUUUUUUAUUUACAAGACCUUCUCUUACACAGCUACAGCUGCCCACACUGCUGAUCUCUAGAUGCUGAAAACUUAAAAUCUGAGUUAAUAGGAAUCUCCAUACACAGAUUUAGCCACAGACAAGCCCAUGUCCCAUUUCAGGUCUUCAUCUGCACUUUUUUUAAACUGGGAAGGUAAAAGAGUUAGCCUACCCCAACUUAUUUCUUUUAAGUUUCUCUCUCCUUUUACCUUUUCAUCCUCAUCCUUUUGUUCUUGUUAGUCUUGUUCUUAUUAGUUGGUCUACUACCAAAACAGGUUUACCUCUGCCAACACUGGUACCUCACUAAACCCUCAUUUAAAGACCAAACAAAUCAACCUGGACCAGUUUUCUGUAUUUUAGCAUUUGAUGGGACUCUAAUAAUAACAAAAUUUGUGUGCUUUAAUGUUAAAUGUUUUUACAUCUAAAUAACAGCCAUAUUUUUUUAAUUGCACUAUUAUCAUGGUUUUCACCAAGCCUUUAUUCACCUUGCUAUAUAUGACGUAGACUUGCACGUUCAAGACGGACCUGAUAAUUGCACCUGUAAGAAUUAUCAAUUUCUGUUGGCUUGUUUAUGUAAUUGACAUGUUGUGUGGAACACAGUUAAACUAGUGUUGUUUAUGUGCCUGCAACUUGUUUCCUCCUUAUAAUCUGUGACUUAUUUGUUCAUCCCGCCUUACCACCUGUUUUUGAGGCUGACGGGGAAACAAGGCUUUUACAGCAGAGAGACUUUUAAGCUUCUUUUAAUCUCACACAGUAGAUCAGGAUUGACCCUUAAGAACCUAAAAACAGGUGGUCACUACUGGUAUGAGGGAGGGAUUUUUUUUUACCCUUUUACACUUGAAAGAGGUAGCCCUUCUCAACUGUUGCUCAAUUUCUGUUGUAUCUCUUCUUUUCAUUUUUGCCAACCUAUUGUUUCUUCUUCCAAACUACAAAUCUACUUAAUACACCCACAGAAACAUUUAACCUUGAAUGACAAAUCCCUUGGCAUAGCAUUUGCUGAACAGACAGACACCACGCCACACACAGGAAGUGAUGCCAGGUGUCAGCAGUAAGAGUGGAGGGCGGGGUCCAUCCUCGUCACCCCUCCCACACGCAGUGGUCGCACCCAGCAGACCCCUGCGACCCUCCCGCUACGUCCCAGUGUCGGCAGCCACUUUCUUCCUCGUUGGUUCCACCACGCUGUUUUUCUGCUUUACAUGUCCCUGGCUCUCAGAGCGUUUCUCGGUAGCUGUGCCCAUCUACAAUGGAGUCAUCUUCCUGUUUGUUUUGGCUAACUUCUGUAUGGCCACAUUCAUGGACCCCGGCAUCUUCCCAAGAGCUGAUGAGGACGAGGACAAAGAGGAUGAUUUCCGCGCUCCCCUCUACAAGACUGUAGAGAUCAGAGGGAUCCAGGUCAGGAUGAAGUGGUGUUCAACAUGCCGCUUCUACAGGCCGCCACGGUGCUCCCAUUGCUCUGUCUGUGACAACUGUGUUGAGGACUUUGACCACCACUGUCCAUGGGUGAACAACUGUAUCGGUAGGAGGAACUACCGCUACUUCUUCCUCUUCCUGCUGUCUCUGACGGCUCACAUCAUGGCCGUGUUUGGCUUUGGACUGCUCUUCAUCCUCUACCAUCGGCAGAACAUUGACCGUCUGCAUGCCAUUGUCACCCUGGCUGUAAUGUGUGUUGCGGGCCUGUUCUUCAUCCCUGUUGCUGGCCUCACUGGUUUCCAUAUAGUGCUUGUUGCCAGAGGCAGGACCACCAAUGAACAGGUAACAGGGAAGUUCAGAGGAGGUGUUAACCCUUUCACCAAUGGCUGUUGGAAGAAUGUCUCCCACGUCCUCUGCAGCUCACAGGCACCCAGGUACCUGGGCAGGAAGAAGUGUGUGCAGAGCGUGUGUGUGCAACCUCCUUUUCUGCGGCCUCAGCUGACAGAGUCCCAGCUGGCUGCGAAGAUACUGGACAACGGCAUACAGGGAGACCUGCACCGGUCCAGGUCCAGUCUGGAGAUGAUGGAGAGCCAGUCGUGUGACGCCGAGCCCCCUCCGCCACCCAAACCGGAGCUGCGCUACCCCGGCAUCACCAGAGGAAACACGGAGGAGUGCAGUCUACUGAACAAAACCCCUCCCACCCCCACCAUGUACAAGUACAGGCCCACCUACAGCCCCGGCAAGAACCACACAGCGCUCACACAUGCUUAUGCCAACCAGUUAAGUCGAGGAGAAAGUGUUGGCAGUGCCAGGGACUCCUCCUCCUCCACCUCCUCCCUCCUCCAGGCCAACCAGCAGCCCGGGUUCCGCUCCCAGCCCAGCCUGGACCGGCGGGACACUUCGUCCGAUAGAGUGGGAGGAGGUGGGGAGAGGAGGGAGAGGAGGGAGGGCGGCAGAGAGGGGGGAGGUGGGGGCAUCCCUGGCUACUCCUUAGGUGGGCGCUCGUACCCCUCCUUCUCCGACCCCACUGUCCUAUCAGGGGUUGCGUCGCGGUCUUCCAGCUCCACGCACAACUCGGCUGGUGCUGCCCACAUCUCAGAGGCAACCACCACCUCAGCCAGCUUCAAGAGCUUAGCCAAUCAGACACCCCCACCUCAGCACGCAUCACGCAAUGGGAGCCUGUCAUACGACAGCUUGCUGGCUGGUGGUGAUGACUUCAACAAGGGCGUGACAGUGGGCUCAGCAGCCCCUGAAGUUUCCUCUGGGAGACCCUGCACGCCAGCAGCCGGCGGCUACGGCGCCCCCUACAUGUCCGCGCAACAGAGAGAUGCUGAGAUGCACCCCCACUUGUCCCAGUCUCCCCAUCACCACCAUCGCUCCUCCCACCACCACCACCACCCCUUCCUCCACCGCUCGUCCUCUUCCACAUCCUCGCCCCCCCUGCCUCUUCCCGAGAGGGAGCGCCUGCUGGGUGAGCCCCAACCUGGCACCCACCCCCUAACGGCCAGCCAGGCCUCCGCUCCCCCCUCCUCCUCAGCCCCGCCUCCCCCACACCAUCACCACCACCACUCCCAUCACCACCACCACCACUCCCAUCAUCACCACCACCACUCCUCGGCCUCCUCGUCCACCUCCCACCCUCCCCGUUUCACUGCCCCACACGCACCACCCCACCACGCCUACCCCUACCGCACUCGCUCCACCGACACCCCCCUGGGCACCACCUCCACCACCCACCCGCCCCGCUCGCCGCACCCCCCGCCUCUGGGCAAGUCGCUGUCGUACUCGAGUGCGGCCGCGGCUGAAAUGCAGUACCGGCUUGUCCGAAAGGCGUCCGCGUCAGCCGGGGCCAACGCAGCGGGGGUUGGUGGAGGGAUGGGAGGAGGAAUACAAGCGCCAAAGGAUGAGCUGAUCCAGAUGAAACCUCUGAGUCGGACCAACGGCGACCGGCCCUUCUCCUCCUCCUCCCCCUGCUCCGCCCCUUCCUCUCCCUCUCACCCAGUCAGCAUGCCCACUCGGCCUGCGGCGGCCUACCCCAACUCAGUAUUGACGCAGAGCCCUGCACACAAGCCCCAGGGUGGCGGAGUGAAGAAGGUGACGGGCGUCGGCGGCACCACCUAUGAGAUUUCUGUCUGAGCGGCGGACCGGCCGCCAGCGUGAGGACCAAUGAGACGAGGCGGAGACCCUGCGUCCCUUACUGCCUUUCAGGUGGACAUGUGGGUUUUUCAUAAGACCAAAAAAAAAACAACCAGUGGCACACAUCGACGAAUGAGUGGAACCAUUUUGUCCAGAUCUGACCCCUCAGUGGCAGUGGGGUCAAACUGUACUGGACUCCAUCCACCUCAAAACCUGCCUGGAGAAUGACAGGAAGCCUGGACCUGGUGUGUGCCAGGACUCACUGGCUCUGGGCUAUGAAAGGCAACUUUUUAUUUUUGGGGAUGUCACUGGCCAAAAUGUGAACAUUUGUGUGUUUUGUGCUCAUUGUAGCUCAGUAGGUAGCAUGAGUUGUGGGUGUGUUGUUGUACAAGUUUAGGCGUAGGCGUCACCACUGCCACGGUCCGGGGCAUGAUCUCCCCUGGGGCCGCCGGUCCGCUCUGGAUCAGGGUUUUACAGAAGGUUCAUAUCAGCACUUUUGGACUGACUCUGGAUUUAGGUUUGAAAUUGUGGCAGAUGUUGAAAUAUUUCACGAUCACACGUAGAACACCACUGAACUCAAAACCCCCAAGACAAUGACGAUUAACGUAAUAAUGCACAGUCUGUGGAACCCAAUCGAAAUCGAGGAAGAUUUCUUUCAUGGUUAAGGGCUUCCCAUAUACGACACGUUUGGUGUGUGUGCUACAUGUGUGAUCGGUUAAAUCAACUCAGAGCUGUGUUUUUCUAAUACAAGUUCCGGCUCCAGUUGUCAAUUAAACCCAAAACUUCCAAUCACAGCAUGCACAAUGUGCUGUGUUUGUGUGUCUGUGGACCAAGAACACAAGUUGUGUUUGUGUUCUGAGUCUGUGAGACUUCCAGUCAAACGUGGAAAUGCACAACACGCCGCCGCAGCAGCAAGACGAUGAUCAAGCAGUUGGUAGGAACUGUGAAGGACAAUCUGCCAAUGUGUGGAGGGAGCUUCGCCCUCCAACUCCUCCGCAUCGCCGCGUGACUCGACCUGCCUUGUGAUGGAGGGAGGGAAAAAAAUGUGACGGUGAAACAAAACGAUUCAUAAAGCUGCGUCCCUCUUUCUUUGAUUCAUUUCCUUGAUUUAUUCCUCGGUGUUAACAAGGUUCCAUGUUUGUACAGGAUGAUGUGGUCUAUAAAUGUGGAUUUCUUUUUUUCCUCAAAAAAAAAAGUGGCGUCGAUACCGGACUGCAGCAUGCACUACUAUUACUACGAGCCACUAUAGGGCCGCUGUGUUUGAACAAAGAGGAAGUGAAGAAACCCAAGUGAAGAGAGGUUGACGGGGUACUUGAGAGAAGACGAACUUUGAAGGAAACUGCUCAUGGAAUUUAAUUUUCUAGAAAAAUGUAAGUGUUGUCUUUUUUUUAAUUUUAUUUCACCUAUUUAAUUUGAAAUGGUUUUAUAUGGAUUUAUAUGGAAAUAUACCUAUUGAUGAACGAAGACGUUUUAAUAUUGACUCAAAAGAGAGCCUGUGUUAGUGUCCGAAUGGGGAUGAAAAGAAUAAAGCAGCCCAUCGAACGGA